UGGGAGAUUGGAGUGAACUCUGCAGAGCUGAAACACAGCGGGAGACGAGGGAGACGACAGCUGCUCCUAAUCUGUCUUAAACAGCACUCCAUCCAUCAUCCAUCAUCCAUCCAUCAUCCAUCCAUCAUGACAGAUUCAUCGUCUUCCAGCUGGUGGAAGCUGACGUUUCUGAGGAGACCGAAAUCUCAUCCCAAGGUUCUGUAUGAAAGCCCUGCAGACUUUGUUUCCAGCGGUCAGCACGGGUCAGAAGCAGCAGGUGGAGCCGCUGCCCACGCAGAGGUCAGCGUGCACGGCUCCCAGCUGGACGCCCGACUGGAGAGGAUCGUGGACAAAACGGCAUCUUCCAAGGGACGCCACGUUAAAGUGUCCCACUCUGGGAGGUUUAAGGAGAAGAAGAAGGUGCGCACCACGCUGGCAGAGAACCCAGAGAUGUUUACAGGAGCUCAUCCUGCCACGGACGAGAACCAGAGGGUUAACAAAUGACAGGAGUGAGGACACGUGCACGCGGUACAACAGCGGUAACAUUGAAUGCUGCACUUACGGAAUGAAGAGACAUUGAGUACAUGUUUGUGAUUAUGGCUCGGUCGAUUUAUGGAGCCAUCAAAUCCAAAAUGUGGGAAAGUCCCCAGGAAUGAUAUCUUCUUAUGAAGGCGUGUGUUACUGGUGAUACUGGACGUUCCAGGAUUCAAAACCCCAUUGACCUUUGUAACUACACCAAUAAAUCAAUAUUAGCCUUAGAAUACAGCCUUUCUUACAAUCUGCCAUUGUGGGGUUUUUAUGUUUGUCAGCACAAAGAGGAAGUGAGACACGUGUUAGCGUUAGCAUCAUUCAUACGUUCAUCUCAGGAACAUAAAUCUGUAUUUUUCAUGUUAGCCAGUAUUAGCAUGAACCGCUUACUUGCUGCAGGAAUGAAUUGCAAAUAACUUUGACCUGAAUUACGACACAUCCAUACUAUUAACAUCACAGAGUAAAGAAGUGAUCACUUCACUGCUUCAGAACUCUAACCUCACUGUGUAAAAAUAUUUUAAUAUUAACUCUCUAUUGCACAUUACAAAUGAUAUAGGAUACAAACAUCCAUCUAUCUUUAUCCUCCACAUGAGGGUCGUGAGCGGGGCUGUGCCAAUGUUAGCCGACGUAGUGUGAAAGGUCUGUGGAAACUCUGGACAGAUCACGGUCCAUCACAGGGACACAUUUGGCCCUUUUCCACUACGGUCCCGGCGCGCCUCGCUUCGGCAUCUCCACUACAAAGACAGUACCAACUCAACGUGGGCGGAGUCAUCACUAAAAAGUGCUUCCAGACUCCGUCUGUCACUGGACUGAAACACAUUUCCCUGCUAAUUGUUAGCGAUGAACCCACAUGUUUAGGAUUUGUCAGUCUUUCUAACUGAUCUACAGUUCAGCAUUGUUCAGAGCAGGUACCAGGUACUAUGCUAGUGGAAACCCAACUUAACCGUGCCGCAGCGAGGCGAGGCGAGCCUGGUGGAAACACGGCAAUACAGACAAACAACCAUUCACUCUCACAUUCACACCUACGGUUAAUUUGUAGGUGUCUAAUUUACACAAUCUCCAUAGUGCAUGUUUUUGGACUGUGGGAGGAAGCCAGAGAACCCGCAGAACACACACACUCACACGGGCAGAACAUGCUAACUCCAUGCAGAAAGACCCGUGUUCCAACCGUGUCACUGUAGGACACGUUUGAACUCAAAGUGAAACAUUUACAGAUGUUCAUCAGAACCACUGUUCAGACGUUCUAAUCCAUAUAUUUAAAAACAAGAAAAAACUUCCAGGAACAUGUAACAGCGACACAGGUGAAAUCAUGUCACAUCUACGUCUCAUACUGGGUCAAAAGCCAAAGAGUAAAAGUGGGUUUUUAAGAUAUCUUUUAAAAAUGGACAGUUGUUCAAAAUCUAAGCACAGCAACAGAAAAGGCUCCGCCCCCUCUGAGCAGCUGAUCAGCUGACCUAAGAGAGCAGGCAGGAGUGUGAGGGCGAAGCAGUGGAGUGAAGCCAAAAUGGCUGUUAUGAGAGGGAAGAGUGUCUGACGCUGCAGUAAUAAAGACGUGGAGCUUGUUGUCACGAGUGGACAUGAUUAUUAAUAAUAUUAACAACAAUAAUAAUCAUAAUAAUAAUAAU